AUGCAGAAAGCAGGGCGAGUUAACACGCUCUUGCGGCACGUGAAGGCCUUGGACAGCACACCGGACCUCGAGGACCUGGCCCAACGCGCCUGGCCCGACAACUCCGGCUGCGGGACCACCUGCGGCUGCAGCUCUUCGCUUUCGGCCAGCGCCACCGCCGCACCUGCCCCGGCACUGAAGGCCGAGACGCCACUAGCGGCGCUGAGUUGGCCCAGAGGCAACCCUGUUCAGCAGCCGGAGAUCGUGACGGCUGAGGACUUCAUCGAAUCCCUCCGGGGUCGAAACUUGAAGGUGAUCCUCCAAGGCGAGCUGAUCUCCGAAUUCGUGGACCACCCGAUUGUUUGGCCGUCCGUCAACGCAAUGGCUGAGAGCUACCGGCUGGCGCAGGAGAAUCCAGAGCUAGGUGCGGCCAUUGGCUUCAGCGGCUACAGGAUGAGCAGGUUUCUUCACAUCUGCGAGUCGGCCGACGACCUCGUUCUGCAGUCGCAGAUGCAGCGCGAGCUCGGGCGCCGCACAGGCACCUGCUUCCAGCGGUGCGUCGGCCAAGACGCCUCAAAUGCCAUGUGGUCCACGACGUACGACAUCGAUCAGAAGUUCGGCACGAACUACCACCAGCGCUUCCAGGACUUCAUGAAGAUGGCACAGAGCAAGAACUGGGUUCUGGGUGGCGCGAUGACUGAUGUAAAAGGCGAUCGCAGCUUGAAUCCCUCACAGCAGGAGGACCCCGACCUCUUCGUGCGCGUCGCAGAGCGGAGGCCCAACGGCGGUAUUGUCCUCCGUGGCUGCAAAGCCCACCAGACAGGGAACCUCAACUCCCAUUGGAUGAUCCUCAUGCCCGGGAGCAAGAUGGAAACUGCUGACAAGGACUACGCCGUGUCCUGUGCGGUACCAGUGGAUGCUCCGGGCAUCACAUACAUCUAUGGCCGUCAGAGCUGCGACUUGCGGGCCAUGGAGCCUGGCGACAUCGACCAGGGCAAUGCGAAGUUCGGCGGACAGGAGACCAUGACAAUUUUCGAGGAUGUCUACGUGCCACCUGAGUCGCGACCUCUGCUUCUGGCGAGAUGUUGGGUGCGGGGCUUCGGGGUUGUCUGGGACGGUUCAAGGUAUCUGAGCGAUCAGGGUCCGGACGUGUUCCCAUCAGACAUGGCCACGUGGGUUUACAACUUCGGUGAUGGCGAGGCCGACGGCCGAGCCGAGAUGAAGAACUUGCUCGGCGGCAAGGGUGCCAACCUGGCGGAAAUGGCUUCCACCGGGCUGCCGGUGCCUCCCGGGUUCACACUCACGACGGAGGUCUGUACGCACUUCUAUCAGAACGGUUGCAACUAUCCCAAGGAGCUCAACAAGCAGGUCGAGGAGGCACUGGCUUUGGUCCAGAAGCGCACCGGCCGUGUUUUUGGCGACUCCACCAACCCGCUUCUGGUCUCAGUCCGCUCCGGGGCGCGUGCGUCCAUGCCAGGAAUGAUGGAUACCGUGCUUAACCUGCGUUUGAACGAUCAGACGGUUGAAGCGCUAGCAAAGAAAUCUGGCGACCGCCGCUUUGCCUUCGACAGCUACAGGCGCUUCGUUCAGAUGUACUCAGACGUGGUCCUUGGCAUCGAGAUCAACCACUUUGAGAAGCACCUGGAGCGUGCGAAGGAGAAGCGCGGUGUGAAGCAGGAUUGCGAGCUGCUUGUUGAUGACUUGGAGAAGUUGGUGAAAUCGUACAAAGCCGUGGUGCAGUUGGAGCUGGGCGAGGAGUUCCCCGAAGAUCCGAAAGCCCAGCUGUGGGGUGCCGUUGGUGCAGUCUUCAACUCCUGGAUGAACCAGCGAGCCAAGACAUACAGGCAGCUGCACGACAUCCCGGAGUGGUGGGGCACCGCUGUGAACGUCCAGGCCAUGGUCUUCGGCAACAUGGGCAACGACUGUGCCACAGGCGUUGCCUUCACUCGUGACCCCUCUACGGGAACCAACGAAUUCUACGGUGAGUUCUUGGUGAACGCGCAGGGCGAAGAUGUGGUUGCCGGAAUCCGCACACCGCAAGAGCUGACGAUCAAGGCCCGCAAGUCCCACGGUUCGGACCUGCACUCCUUGGAAGAGGUUAUGCCACAGAUUUUCAAGCAGCUGCUGUCGGUGCGGAGUCAGCUUGAGACCCACUACAAGGACAUGCAAGAUAUCGAGUUCACGAUACAACAAGGCAAACUCUACAUGCUGCAGACGCGCAACGGAAAGCGCACGGCUCCAGCUGCGCUGAAGAUUGCCGUUGACAUGGCCCAGGAGGGCUUGAUCUCCAAAUCCCAAGCCAUCCUGAGCUUGAAGCCUGACUUGGUGGAUCAGCUGCUUCACCCGACGCUGGACCCGAAGGCUAAGAAGGAGGUGAUCGCCAAGGGCCUUCCUGCCUCUCCCGGUGCUGCGGGCGGCAAGGUUGUCUUCUCUGCUGACGAAGCGGUGCGACGGUGCAAGGAUGGCCACAAGGUGAUCCUGGUCCGCAUCGAGACCAGCCCGGACGACAUCCACGGCUUGCACGCAGCGGAGGGAGUCCUGACCACCCGAGGUGGCAUGACAAGCCAUGCCGCCGUGGUCGCCCGUGGGAUGGGCCGACCCUGCGUGGCGGGGGCGGGCGCGAUCACCGUAGACUAUGCCGCGGCGAAGCUCACCGUUGGUGCCGUGACGGUUUCAGAGGGCCAGAUCCUCACCAUCGAUGGAAGCACAGGAGAGGUCAUUGUGGGCGAAGUUCCCACGGUGCUUCCACAGCUGUCUGGAUCCUUCGGGACCAUCAUGGCGUGGGCGGAUGAGUUCCGGGACAUGAAGGUUCGCGCCAAUGCGGAGACCCCAGCCGACGCUCGACAAGCCAAGGAGUUCGGCGCGGAGGGCAUCGGUCUUGUGAGGACGGAGCACAUGUUCUUCGAAGGUCAGCGCAUUGUGGCCAUGAGGCAGAUGAUCUUGGCCACUGAUGAGAGCGAUCGGCGACAGGCGCUGGAGAAGCUCUUGGUCAUGCAGCGUGAUGACAUCACCGAAUUGUUCAAGAUUAUGGACGGAAUGCCCGUGACGGUGCGCUUGCUGGAUCCUCCACUGCACGAGUUCAUCCCGCACACGGAAGCCGAGAUGGCACUGGUGGCGAAAGCUGCGGGCGUUCCCCUGGAGCGGGUUCGCAGGCGUGCUGCAGAGCUGCAGGAGGCCAACCCCAUGCUGGGCCAUCGCGGCUGCCGACUGGCCAUCACCUACCCGGAGAUCUGCGAGAUGCAGGCGCGAGCAAUCUUCGAAGCCGCAGCCGAGGUCGGCCGAAGCUCCAAGAAGCUGCCGGUGGCAGAGGUCAUGGUGCCACUUGUGGCAACCACCGAAGAGCUGAAACUGCUGAAGGGCAUCAUCGAGAAGACGGCAGAUGCGGUGAAGAAGGAGCAGGGAAUCACCUUCAGCUACAAGGUGGGCACCAUGAUUGAGCUUCCACGCGCAGCCUUGCAGGCCGGAAAGUUGGCAGAAAUGGCGGAGUUCUUCAGCUUUGGCACCGAUGACCUCACGCAGACCACCUAUGGCUUGAGCCGUGAUGAUGCCGGGUCCUUCUUGCCUGAAUACAAGGCCAAGGGAAUCGUGGAGACGGAUCCUUUCGUGUCCCUUGAUCCCGACGGUGUCGGCGAGCUGAUCACCAUGGCAGUGGAGCGCGGUCGCAGCACCAGGCCUCACAUGAGGAUGGGCAUCUGUGGUGAGCACGGCGGCGACCCUGCCUCCAUCGAGGUCUGCGAGCGCAUCGGCCUGGAUUACGUGAGCUGCUCGCCUUUCCGCGUGCCGGUCGCCAGGCUGGCUGCCGCUCAGUCUGCCUUGAAGAUCAAAGGCCAGCAGGCCAAGCAGAGCUCCACGAAGGCCACCAAGCCCCGGGUACAAAACUUCGGGCCGUGGUGA